ACCUCCUCUCCUCCUCCUCUUCAAUCAUCGUCAUCAGGAAGUUUUCAUUUCUGGGUUUCAAAAUUUAGGGUUCGUCAGCCAUGAUUGAAUGGAAAAGCAAGAAUGUGUUGGGAGUGAUAUUUGUAUUAAUCCUAGGUCAAAUUGUAUCAACUAAUCUAGCUGUUACUAGUUUCACUUCUUCACUCUUAUCAAAUCGAAGUAUAAAUACACCACUUACUCAAUCUCUCUGUACUUACACUCUGCUCGCACUCGUCUACACUCCUAUCUUCUUGUCCCGUCGACAGAAAUUGAUGGUUCCAUGGUAUUGGUAUCUUUUGUUGGGUUUUAUUGAUGUUCAAGCCAAUUUUUUGGUGAUUAAGGCAUAUCAAUAUUCGUCUAUUACUAGUGUGACGUUAUUGGAUUGCUGGACAACACCGUGGGUUAUGAUCUUAACAUGGAUAUUCAUAGGGACUAGAUAUAGCCUAUGUCAGUUCUUUGGUGCAGCUACAUGUGUGGUUGGUCUUUGUUUGGUCCUCCUGUCGGAUUCAUCGGGCGGUGGCUCAUCAGGUGGGUCGGCUCCUCUUCUUGGUGACGCGCUUGUCAUUGCUGGAACGCUUGGUUGUGCAUUAAGUAAUGUUGGAGAGGAAUUCUGUGUUAAGAAAAAAGAUCUUACUGAGCUUCUUGCAAUGCUCGGUAUUUUCGGAAUGCUUGUGAGCAUAUGCCAGGUACUACUACUUGAGAGGAGUAAUUUGGAAGCAGUCAAAUGGUCUCCCGAAGUUAUAUCACUUUUUGGUGGCUUUGCACUAUCAACCUUUAUGUUCUACUCAAUUGUUCCGUAUGUUUUGAAGUUGGGAGGAUCUGUGCUAUUCAACCUGUCAAUUCUAACAUCUGACGUAUGGGUACUCAUCAUUCGGGUCUUCGUUUAUCAGCAGAGUAUCCCCUGGUUAUACUAUCUCUCCUUUGUUGUCGUGGUUGUCGGACUCAUCAUUUAUUCAACAACGGACAGGAAUGCUAUCAGUGCAAUAAACUCUGAAACUCAGGAUGACGAUGUACAAUACCAAAUACUCGACGAGGAAAAUGAGGGUGGUAGAAAUGAGACUUUGACAACUUAAUAUGUGAUUAUCGCGCAAUGUUCUAGCAGCAAGUAAAGGCAUUCCAAUCCUAAAUGUUGUGAUUUGUGUAGAUAUUCUAUUCCUUUGAACACAAUUCUUAUUUGAGAAUAAAUGCACAAGUAAAGCAUUCUAGCCGGUUGAAUAUAUGACCAAUUCAU